AAAGGUGGAAAGAAAAGUGGACAAGUCUUUCAGUUUCUGGGUUUUCUCUCUUGUCACUGUUCAUUUCUUUCUAAAGAUCCGUUACCUCGCGCUGCAAAAAAGCUCUGGAAUACCGACAACUUCCUCGGAGAUGGUAUUUCUUGUCUGACAAACACUUCAAAUUCCGAACUUGAACCCAUAAGCUCUCAGAGUUUCCGGGAAAAAUCAGUUUUCCCCUUUUUCUCGGGAAAAUCUCCCUACCCUAGUUGGAUCUGUGAAGAUUCGAGGCGCUUGAGAACAAAAAGAAAGUGUCCCACAAACUCCGUCCGCUACAGAGUUUCUUCUUGUCCGAGCAACACCUCAGAUUCCAAACUUGAUCCAGAAGCUUUCGGAUUUUCCGGGAAAAUCUGCCCUUUUCUUUCUCACGAAAAAUCUCUCGACCCGUCAUGAAUCUCUGAAGUUCCGAGGCGUUUUUUGAGAAAUGGGUCGGAGAACGAAGAGAAAGAGUUCGAUAAACACUGAAGCUGCAAGAGAAUUUGUCAACCAUCUUGUUGCCCAGAGGCAUUCUCUGAUCUUACUGGUCCCUUUGUUCCUGAUUUUCUGGGCAAUAGAGAGAUGGGUAUUGACUUUCUCCAAUUGGGUUCCUCUUGUCGUUGCCGUUUGGGCAACUCUGCAGUAUGGAAAUUACCAAAGAGCAAUACUUUCUGAAGAUCUUAACAAGAAAUGGAGACGAACUGUGUUGAAUGCCUCUGAGUCAACUCCACUGGAACAGUGCCAAUGGCUGAACAAGUUACUGUCUGAAAUCUGGACAAACUACAUGAACCGGAAACUCUCUUUCAGAUUUGCUUCAAUGGUAGAGAAACGAUUGAGGCAGCGCAGGUCACGGCUUAUAGAAAACAUCCAGCUGUUAGAAUUUUCUCUCGGGACUUGUCCUCCUUCGUUAGGCCUCCAUGGUACUUGUUGGUCGACUUCAAGCGAACAGAAAAUAAUGCGGAUAGAUUUCGAUUGGGACACGACCGAUCUAAGCAUCUUGUUGCAAGCCAAGUUGGCUAAGCCCUUUAACCGUACCGCACGGAUCGUUGUCAACAGUCUCCACAUCAAGGGCGAUAUUGUGGUUAGACCGAUACUUGAAGGGAUGGCAUUGUUGUAUUCAUUUGUAUCGACGCCUGAAGUGAGGAUCGGAGUGGCGUUUGGUAGUGGCGGGGGCCAGUCUCUACCGGCGACCGAGCUUCCCGGUGUUUCUUCUUGGCUGGUCAAGAUCCUGAUGGAAACGCUGAACAAGAGGAUGGUGGAGCCACGACGGGGAUGUUUUGCACUGCCGGCGACGGAUCUCCACAAGACGGCCGUCGGAGGAAUCAUAUACGUGACGGUGGUAUCGGGAAGUCGAAUUUACCGAAAUGCUCCUCGAGGGAGCCCCCCGAGGGAGGGAUCGGGUGUGCAGAGGUGCGUGGAGGUCGAGCUCGAGCAGCUGUCGAGGAAGACGGAAGCAAAGUGGGGACCUAAUCCUACGUGGCAGUCGACGUUCAACAUGAUAUUGCACGACACGACGGGCAUUCUCAGAUUCAAUCUUUACGAGAUCGAUCCCGGGAAUGUUAGAUAUGACUGUCUCUCCAGCUGUGAAGUUAAGAUGAGAUAUGUGGGGGACGAUUCGACGAUAUUUUGGGCCGUGGGAACUGAUAACGGCGUAAUCGCGAAACAUGCGGAGUUUUGCGGACAAGAAGUCGAGAUGGUUGUUCCCUUCGAAGGACUUAGCUCCGGUGAGCUGACGGUUCGGCUGGUUCUGAAAGAAUGGCAUUUCUCCGACGGUUCGCAUAGUUUGAGCAGCAUUCACCAGACCUCGUCGCAAUUGUUCGAUGGCUCUUCGAACUUUCUGGCAAAGACUGGCCGGAAAAUCACCGUCACGGUCUUGGCGGGAAAGAACCUCGUCUUGAAAGACAAGAACGGAAAAUGCGACGCCUUUGUCAAAUUACACUACGGAAAGUCUAUACAGAGGACGAAGGCCGUAAACGCAGCGGAAUGCGUUUGGAAUCAGAAGUUCGAAUUCGAGGAGCUAACGGGAGGAGAGUAUCUGAAGGUAAAAUGCUACAGAGAGGAGAUUCUCGGGACGGAAAACCUCGGUUCCGCGAGCUUAAACCUUCAAGGAAUCCAGAACGGCGAAAUGCAUAUAUGGGUUCCCCUCGAAGACGUUAAUUCCGGCGAGCUCGAGCUCCUUAUCGAAGCGACAAAACCCGAAUUCGGAGAAGCGGAGUCGGGUAAAGGGUUGAUCGAACUGGUCCUCGUCGAAGCGCGGGACCUCGUGGCCGCGGAUCUUCGAGGAACGAGUGAUCCGUACGUGAGAGUUCAUUAUGGGGACAAGAAACAAAGUACAAAGGUGAUUUACAAGACGCUAAACCCGAAAUGGAACCAAACUAUGGAGUUCCCGGAUGACGGGAGCUCGUUGGAACUGCACGUUAAGGACCACAACGCUCUGCUCCCGACAUCGAGCAUCGGGAGUUGUGUCGUGGAAUACCAACGGUUGCCACCUAACGAGACAUCGGACAAGUGGAUACCUCUCCAAGGAGUGACACGUGGAGAAAUACGGGUCAAGAUCACGAGGAAAGUCCCUGAGCUCCCGAAACGCCCGAGCGCUGAUUCGGGAUCUCCUUUCAACAAAGCACAGUUGAUCUCGAACCAGAUGAAGCAGAUGAUGGUGAAGUUUCAGAAUUUGAUCGACGAUGGAGAUCUGGAAGGACUCUCGGAGGCUCUGGGCGAAAUGGAGAGCCUCGAGGAUGAACAAGCAGAGUACAUGCUCCAACUCCAAACAGAGCAAACUCUUCUCAUAAACAAGAUCAAGGAGCUCGGCAAAGAGAUCCUUAACUCUAACCCGAACCCGAAUCUGAAUUCUAGCCUGAGCUCGAGCCCGAGUCCAUCAAGAUCCGGGUCCAGGUCGGGUUUCGGUUCCCGAAAAUCGCCGGCUACGGGUGUCUGAAUCUACCUGUCAAGUUAUUAUGCUGUAUGUAAAGGCAAAUAAUGUGUGUAAUUGCUAGGAUGGACCUUUUCGGUUAGGUUCGGUCCGGGUUCAGGAAGAAAUAAAACCGAUCUAUACUAAUUCAAUUCAAGAUUUGGUCCGGUUUAGGCAAAUCGAAUCAAACCCAAUCAUAUAGGAGCAGAAGUUGUAAUUCUUGUUGUUUAGUCUUAAAUAAGAUCUGAUAUACGGACUGUCAUUUCUAA